AUGUUGGCCUUUAGUAGAAGAGCAGAGACUGACAAGAUAUCCCUGUGGGGAACUUUUCCAGGUGCUGAGUUAAAGCUUUUGGAAGAAGCGGCCGUCUCCGUCUGCAAGUCUUUAGUGGAGAACAAUCCCCGGACAGGCAAUCUUGGAGCGCUGAUCAAAGUCUUCCUUUCUAGAACCAAAGAGUUAAAGAUUUCGACAGAAUGUCAGAACCACCUCUUCAUCUGGCAAGCUCACAAUGCCCUGUUUAUUAUUUGCUGCCUGCUCAAAGUGUUGAUCUGUCAGAUGUCAGAGGAGGAACUGCAACUUCAUUUUACCUACGAGGAAAAAACGCCAGGAUCUUACGGUGCAGAAUGUGAAGACCUAAUGGAAGAGUUAUUAUUCUGCCUUAUCCAACUGAUAGUCGAGAUUCCUCUCCUAGACAUAACAUACAGCAUUUCUCUCGAAGCCGUGACGACCCUUGUGGUUUUCCUUUCCUGCCAGCUUUUCCACAAGGAGAUUCUGCGGGAGAGCGUCAUUCAUAAGUAUCUCAUGCACGGCCGAUGUCUUCUGUACACCAGCAGACUGGUGAAAACGUUGCUGUAUAACUUUAUCAGACAAGAAAGAAGCCCUCCGCCGGGUGCUCACAUUUUUCAACCAGAGUCUGAUGGAGGAGGACUACUCUAUGGAAUUGCAUCAGGAGUAGCAACUGGCCUGUGGACGGUGUUCACGUUAGGAGCCGCGGGAAGCAAGCGGACGCCUCAGCAGGAAGAAUCUUCUCCUCUAGCCAAUCAGAGUCUUCUGCUGCUGUUGAUAUUAGCAAACCUAACCGAUGCUCCUGACACACCCAACCCUUACAGACAAGCUGUUACGUCCUUUAAGAACACGCAAGACAGCUCAGCUCUUCCAUCACCAAAUCCUCACGCCUUCCAGAUUAAUUUCAACAGCUUGUACACCACCUUGUGUGAGCAUCAGAACUCUGAUCAAGCCACCCUGCUUUUAUACACUCUGCUGCAUCAGAACACCAAUGUCCGAACGUACACGUUGGCUCGGACGGAUAUAGAAAGCCUGGUUUUGCCGAUUCUUGAGAUUCUUUAUCGUGUUGAAGAGAGGAACUCGCACCAUGUUUACAUGGCUCUGAUCAUUUUGCUAAUCCUGACCGAAGAUGACAGCUUCAAUCGGUCCAUUCAUGAAGUGAUAUUGAAGAACAUUACCUGGUACUCAGAACGUGUAUUAACUGAAAUUUCCUUGGGGAGUCUCCUAAUACUGGUAGUAAUAAGAACUAUUCAGUACAACAUGACACGGACAAGGGACAAAUACCUUCAUACAAAUUGUUUGGCAGCUCUCGCCAAUAUGUCAGCACAGUUCCGCUCCCUUCAUCAGUAUGCUGCUCAGAGGAUCAUCAGCUACACCUGCCGCCACUUGCGGAGAUAUGUCUAUGUCUUGGACAGACUCUAUUUCCCCCAUUCCCACUGCUCUUCGCUGCAGCAUUGCUUCUCGGCCCUCAGUGACAAUGGAGAGGAGCUGUUGUCUUUAACUUGUUCUCACAUUCUCAGAUCCUAUGCUUCCAGUUUGUUUUCGCUGUUGUCCAAAAAGCACAACAAAGUUCUGGAGCAGGCCACGCAGUCCUUGAGAAGUUCCCUCUCCUUGGACGGUUCUCCGCUUCCGGAUUACGUGAGUAGCGAGCUCCACGUUUUAAGGAACGGGGUCGGAAUAGCAGCUGCAGCCACCGCAUCCCUGAGUCCGCAGACGUCUGUCAAAGCGGCAGGGGCACCCGGCAACGGCCUCUGCUGGUCCUGGUGGACUGGGGUGAGGGGGGAAGGAGGUGGAGUGUGGGGGUGUGACGCCACCAGCAUCCGCUCGGUGUGCCAGGCCCUCCCCCUCCCCCUGAAAUUUCCAGAGCUGAAGUUCAAGUACGUCGAAGAGGAGCAGCCGGAGGAAUUCUUCAUCCCCUACGUCUGGUCUCUCGUUUACAAUUCUGCCGUGGCCCUUUACUGGAACCCGCAAGACAUCCAGCUCUUCACCAUGGAUUCGGGCUGA